AUGCCGAAACCAGAACAUUUCACACCGAUUACCGUCGGGAUUAUGGGCGGUUCCGCCUCUGGGAAGACGACGUUCGCGAAUGCCUUGGCAGAACAACUCACGGAAUUCUCGCCUGUUGUGCUAAAUCAAGACUCCUAUUUUCGCGACUGGUCGGAAUACUCGGAAUCGGAACGGGAACGCGUCAUCACUGCGAAUCACCCGGAUGCCGUUCUAUGGGAUGCCCUCAUCACAGACAUCAAGAAACUCCGCGAUGGCGAUGCGAUCGACACACCUACCCCCGGCACCCGUGCUGCACAGCGUGGCAACACAAAAGCGAGCGUGCAACCGAGCGACAUCGUCGUUGUGGAAGGACAUCUCAUCUUCUGGAGUGAAGGCUUACGAGACCUGAUGGACAUCAAACUGUUUCUUGAUGUAGACGCACAUGAACGUGUCCUGCGCCGGAUGAUCCGUGACGUUGCCCAACGCGGGGGUGAUCUGGAGUGGUGUAUCAAUUGGUAUCGGCGCGAUGUCCUCCCUAAUUUUCCAGUCUAUACCGAACCCUGCAAACAGUACGCUGACCUGAUUAUCCCGUUCCAAGAUGAAAACCCAGUUGCAUUGCACACACUCGUUGCCGGAAUCCGUGCCCGGAUCGCAGCGCGCAACUCAACGUCUUAAGACGGACUAUAAACGUAAAAACGCAUCUCAUCCAUUCUCUUAUUUUCCAAAGCCAUUUUGACAUCCGCACAACGCCACAAUGGCAAGGGUUGUGUCAAUUUGGCGAACCUAU